UUCGAGGGGAUAUCCUCAUCCCGGUACUGGUCGACAGCUACUACACUUGAAGAGCGACGGCUUGACACCAGAGGAACGAGACAUAAAAAUUGGCAAGGCCACAAAAGCCAUGACCGCCUUCACCAAUUCGUACCUUAAAAAUACGAACACGACCCUUUGCUCCGAAAAGUCGAUUGCUGCGGUUGUGAUCAAAGGAUUGGCMGAGCACAAGGUGGACUUAGGCGCGCCGCUGUGUCCGUGCCGAUUCUAYGACGACAAGGAAAAAGAGGUGAAAGACGGUUACUGGAACUGUCCAUGCGUUCCCAUGAGAGAAGAAAAAGURUGCCAUUGCAUGCUGUUUCUCACUGAAGACAAUGCCUUUGCAGGGGAUUGYAAGGUGAGUCUGAAUGAAUCAAAGCAUGCGCUUGCCUCAAGGAAGCACAGGCCAUGCAUGUCGCACCUCUAGUACGAUACACACUGAAUUGCGCAAGCACAUGAUCGACUAAACCAUGAAUUCGUGCGGUCCAAUUCCUUUUCAAUCUGUGUAACCUUUCUAUGCCCUUGAAUUUUUCCUUGUCGAAUUUUGUBGUAGACUAUAACUGUGGAUGAAGUGAUUGAAUUGAGCGAGAAAUCAAAAUAGCGUUCGAUAGAUUUCACGAGACUGCAACAUAUUAUUUCGUUCCCCUUUCGGAUCGCAGAGAAUCUUUUCCAUCCAAYGCAGACAAUGCCGGCAUACCAAUCGCAGUCAACAAAAAACAAGCUGCGUAUCAGAAUGUGUAGACAAUCAUGUGCUCAAUGGGCUGGAUCCACCAAUUGCACACAGAAACACCAUUAUAAYAUUUCUAGAACACACACAAAUAAGAUUCCUUCUGGAUUGCCCUGCCUCGAUAACAGCAUUCCAGUCGAAAYAAUUUCCAUUAUAGGCAACAUCGGAAAGUAUUCAAAGUGUUCCUUCAUCUACUACUUUAACUAGCUAGCCAUGUGAACCUUUAUCACCAGUACAUGGUGAAUAAUCUUAYUCUUUGUUC